GGAAGAUGAGGAUAAUAAGCUUUAUUUGUUACGAUAUCCGCACCAAUCUGAUUUUCGCCAAGGCUUAAUAAAAGACUCUAUGCGAACUCAAAGACGUAAAAUAGUUAUUGAGGGACUUUUUAAAGCAAAUGCGCAUUCCCCUCUCUUUUUUGACAGGAUGAGGAAAAAAACCUUUUUUUCUAUACCAUACCUGGCUCAACUGAAACGACUUUUUAUAAAAUGGUCAUCCAGAAACGAGUUCGGUAUUUUAGAGUCUACAGAGGAAAAAAAAACAAUAAUAAAAAGAGAAACCAAAAAGGAAAAGAAACGACGAGAGGAAAUAGAACGGUUAGAGAUAGGGGAAGCCUGGGAAACUUUCCCAUAUACCCAAAUAAUAAGAGGUUUGUUAUUAAUAACCCAAUCAAUUCUGAGAAAAAAAAUUCUAUUACCUUCAUUCAUAAUCGGGAAAAAUAUAGGGCGUAUGCUACUAUUUCAAACUCCUGAAUGGUCUGAAGAUUUAAAGGGAUGGAAUAAAGAAACGCAUGUGAAGUGUACUUAUAAUGGUAUUCCGUUAGCUGACAAAAAAUUUCCGGAAAAUUGGUUGACAGAAGGUAUUCAAAUCAAAAUUUUAUUUCCUUUCUGUCUAAAACCUUGGCACGAAUAUAAAUCACUAACUUCUCGUGAUGACUUUUGUUUUUUAACAGUUUGGGGAAGGGAAACAGAACACCCUUUUGGUCAUCCACGACAAACACCUUCGUUUUUCGAGCCUGUUUUUAAGGAACUUUACAAAUUUGUAAAAGUAAAAAUCAAAUUUUUAAAAAAGUUUUCAAAAAAAAAAACAAGUUCAAACGAAAAAAGAACAAUACACCCGAGUUUAAUAAAAAAAGAAAAAGAUGAUCAAAUAAAUAACCAGAUAAUGAAUCAACCCUUGAGUAAAAUUGAAAAAAUUACAGAUUGGAAAAAUUAUUCACCGAUAGACAAAAUACAGGCUAUUACUCAUAGGACAAAUACAAUUAAAAAAAAACUAGAAAGAAUUACGGAAGAUAAGAAAAGGCUGACUCUAGAACUAGAUAUGAGCCCUUACAAAAAAAGUUCGAGAUUAGCCUUGUCAAAAAAUUUUUGUCAAAUGUUAAAAAUAAAAAAAAAUAGAUUAAGAUAUAAAUUUCAUUAUUUUAUAAAAUUAUUGAUUCAAAGAAUAUCUAACUAUAUUUUUUUAUAUACUAUAUCUAUUUGCCAAAUGACUGAAAAACUCUUUGUGGAAUCAACAAAAAUGAACUCUCUUUCAAAUAUAAAAACGCAUAAUAAUAAGCGUUAUAAGGAAAAGCCAGAGAAUUUUGGUCGAUUUAUCUAACUUGUCACAAGCAUAUGUAUUGUACAAAAUAUCACAAAGGAGUUUUUUGAACGUAUCUAAUUUGAUGUCUGUUCUUCAACAAAAUGGAACAUCUUUCUUGAUUGAAAAGAAUUUCUUUAUUAAAAAAAAAAAUAAAAGACUCAUUUCAUAAACAAGGAAUACUUCAAUCUGAAGGAAUAAAAAAAGAACUUAAGCGGUCUAGAACGAGUCAAUGGAAAUUUUGGUUAAGAGGGAAUUCUCAAUACGAUUUAUCUCCUAAUUUCUGGUCUGCCUUAAGAUCACAAAAACAAAAAUGGAGAAAUAGGGCGAAUCGCUAUCGUAGGUCUAAACAAAAAGAUUUACACAAAAGGAAUUCCAGUAGAAAAUUAAAAAUUAAAUAAUUACAGGAAACAAAAGGAUGCUAACUCAGUAUUUAAUAAAAAAAAAAAAGAUAAUUUUAAAAAAUGCUGUCAAUAUGAUCUUUUAGCAUAUCAAUACAUUCAGUAUGAAAAAAAUAGUGGACCCCCUCCAGGAGCUAAACGGGAAACGAUUUCUUAUCAUUACAAGAUGUCACAAAACAACUUGUUUGCGAUAACGAAAAAUCUUCCUAUCACUAGUUUCAGAGAAAAAAUAGAAAGGGUCAAUAUCCCCUAUACAGACAAAAAAUUUAGAGAGAAAAUAUUUAAAUUUGAAAAAGAUUAAUUUUUCUCUUGAUAAAAAAGCGGAUAUUGAGUCCUGGAUCACGGGUAAUGAUAACAAUACUCAAAGUACUCCAAUUUUCACUUAUAAUUAUCAAUUAAUUGAUAGAAUGGAAGAGAUUGUGAAAAUUGAGCAAAUUUUUAAAAAUGAAAAAGAUCCUUUUGCUCUUUUGAUUCAGACAAAUACCGAAGAAAGGAAUCUAGUAAAUUCUAAAAAUUCUUUAUUGGAUUGGAUGGGACUGAAUGAAGCAAUACUCGACCGUCCAUUAACGGCUGAGGAACUUUCGGUCUUCCCAGAAUUUCUGUGGUUUGUUAAUAUAUAUAAAAUGAAACCAUGGAUUAUACCAAGCCAAUCACUUAUUUCUAAUUUGAAUCUCAAUGAUGAAAUGACGAAUCAAAAGAUCGGUAAAAUUAAGAAUAAAAACAAAGAUAAAAAGGAUAAAAAGAAAACUGAGGGUGAAACCAAAGGUAAAACUGAGAGUAAAAAAAAAGAUAAAGCCGAGGGUCAAACCAAAGGGGAAACUAAAGGUGAAACCAAAGGUGAAACCAAAGGUGAAACCAAAGGUGAAACCAAAGGGAAAACUGAAGGUGAAACCAAAGGUGAAACUGAAGGGGAAACCCAGGGGGAAACUGAAGGGGAAACUGAAGGUGAAAAGAAAAGUCAAACUGAGAUAGAACUAGAGUUAUUCCUGAAAAAUUAUUUAUUUUUUCAAUUUAGAGAGGAUGAGGAUGUUACUUUUAAUCAAGGCCUUUUCCAAGAUCUCCAGAUCUAUUGUCUCUUGCUUAGAAUGCUAAAUCGAAAAAAAAUGAUGCUAUCAUGGAUUCAAAGGGAAAAGUUAAAUUUGGGUCUAAUGCCACAGAUGAAUCAGGAAGAGAGUAUUCAAGAUUCAAAAAAUUCAAAAAGAAAUGUUCCAGAUUCAAAACAGAGUGUUCCAGAUUCAAAACAGAGUGUUCCAGAUUCAAAAAAUUCAAAAAGAAAUGUUCGAGAUUCAAAACAGAGUGUUGCGGAUUCAAAAGAGAGUGUUCCAGAAUUUUUAAAAAGGACGGGAUUUUGGUUGACCCCCUUCCGCUGUCUAUCAAACCAAACGGAGAAUUUCUUAUGUAUCAAACCAUAGUUCUUUCAUUGGUUCAUAAGAGUAAAGAAAUUCUUAAUCAAAAAUACGUAAAACAACGAAUAAUUCGCGCUGAAGAGAACAAUAAUUGUGAUCCGCUUCUUAUUGAAAAUAUUUUAUCAUCUAGGCGUCGUAGAGAAUUAAGAACUCUAAUUUGUUUCAAUUCAAACAAAUGGAAUGGCGUGGAUGCAAAUUCUCUAGUUUCCAACAAAAAUCAAGUUUGGGAGGAAAGUAACCCUCGGCAUAAGGAUCCGAAUAAAUUGAUUGAAUUUUUUCUUUGGCCUAAUUAUCGAUUGGAAGAUUUAGCUUGUAUGAAUCGUUAUUGGUUUAAUACUAAUAAUGGGAGUCGUUUCAGUAUGUUAAGGAUCCAUAUGUAUUUACCAUUGAAAUUUAAUUGGUGGAAAUUUAAUUGAUAGUAGUACUAUCUACCCUCUAGCAGGGUAGAUGGUACCAGGUUAGAUGAAAAGCAAUGAAUGGAAAUAUACCUUAUUUUAAUUUGUAUCUAACUGAAUCGAGGAUACCAUAUAUUUAUUUAGAUCUAUAUAGAUACUUUCUCCCUCAUCCAAAGAAUAUUAAGUUGAAAUAAUUCACUUUUAUUUUAUUAAUGAACCCGAAAAGAGAGGGUUUUCUUUUGAUUUGAAUUGAUAGACUUAGUUAGAAGAAUUCUUUUUUAGCAAUAAAUGUCUUUCACAUCCAGUGAUAACCUGUAAAUCAUUUUAAAUGGCAGUUCCAAAAAAACGUAUUUCGAAAGCCAAAAAGCGUAUUCGUAAGAACAUUUGGAAAAGAAAGACUAUUGAGGUAAGAUUAAAAGCUCUUUCAUUAGCAAAAUCUCUUUUAACGGGUAAGUUUACAAGUUUUUUUUACAAAAAAAAUAAAAAAAACAUUGGAUUCAUUUCUGUCAAGUUGAUUUCUUGUAUAAUAUUUCUUCUUUUUUCUUAUCAUUUUCUUUCUUUAUUUUUCGUUAGUUCGUUUUAGUUACUAAUCAAUUAUUUCAUAUCUAUGAAAUAAAUCUAUAACUUAAUUAUAAAAAAUUAUUUUAAAUGCAUAUUAUAUAUCAAUG